AAAUGGUAGUAAACCAUGCUUUUUUGGCGACAUUGUUCGUGAUCGAUGUUCUUCACCACCGUAUGAUCACGACUUCAUAAUUCUUGGGAACUCAGAUUUUUUUCUAAGGGGAAAAAAAAAAAUUCCCAAGAUUCUCCCAUUCAGAAGCAGUGGCUUAGUGAUUUUUUUUUAAGUAGAAUUGAGCACAAAAUGCAGAGGAAGAAAAGGGAUAAACUACGCAUUGUUACGAUCAGUUCCCUGAUUUUGGCAUUAAUAGUAUCAUGCUUUGCAAGAAGUAACAAAGCUGUUCACGAAGAUUUCCUUAAUUGCAUGUCCACCAAAGCUUCUUUCUUAAACAGAACAUCAGUCCAAUUGCAGAAAUAUGUACACAGCCAAAACUCCAGUGAUUACAAAAUUUUAUUGCGUUACGGUGAGAAAAAUCCCAGGUGGAUUAACACAUCAUCAGCCUCCCCACUUGUUGUGAUCACCCCAAAUGACGAGUUCCAAAUCCAACACACCAUUUUGUGUUCCCAAAACUUUGACUUACAAGUGAGAAUCAAGAGCGGUGGACAUGAUUACGAGGGACUUUCGUAUCGAUGCCAGACUCCAUUUGUGCUGAUUGAUCUGUACAAAAUGAAAAGAAUCAAGAUCGAUUUGAAACGAGAAACCGCCUGGAUUCAAACUGGCGUGACACUAGGACAACUUUACUACGAGAUUGCAAACAAAAGUAAUGUCCAUGCAUUUCCCGGAGGAUUGUAUCCAAGUGUUGGGUCGGGUGGGUUGAUUAGUGGUGGAGGAUUUGGUACGUUGGUCAGAAAAUACGGUCUCGCAGCCGAUAACGUAAUCGAUGCCAGAGUUAUGGAUGUUAAUGGGAGGAUUCUUGAUCGGAAAACCAUGGGGGAGGAUUUCUUUUGGGCUAUAAGAGGAGGAGGAGGAUCCAGUUUUGGUGUGAUACUGGAAUGGAAAAUUAAGCUUGUUAGAGUUCCUGAAUCCGUAACUGCUUUUACUGUGUGGAGAAAACACAGUCCUAAAAGUAUCAAACUUGUUCAAAGGUGGCAAAAAAGGGUAAAUAAAUUUCCUGAAGAUCUGUUCAUGAGAAUCUACUUUCAAAAUCCCGAACCAAUUAUACCAGGAGGGAAGCGAAUUAUUCAAGUUUCAUUUCAAGGGCUAUAUCUUGGGACAGCUGACAAGCUUAUUGAAUGGCUACAUCAUAACUUCCCGGAAUUUGAAUUGAAUCUCGAAGAUUGUUCAAAGGGCCGGGUAGUUAAAAAGGGUUGCAAACAGAGACCCUGUAUCUUGAAAGAAUGUUUUGAAUUUCCAUGGAUCAAAUCAGCUCUUUUUUUUGCAGGAAGAGACCCUACUAAAGAACCCUUGGAAUAUUUGGUAAAACCAAAUCUUCCGGCCACCAAUAAUUUCAUGAAGGCAAAAUCUGAUUUCGUUACAACUCCAAUACCGGCAGAAGCGUGGACAAUAGUGAAAAAAUUGUUUCUGGAAGAAGAUAGACCGUUGAUAUUACUGGAUGCUUGGGGUGGGAAAAUGAACCGAAUUUCUGAAAGUGAGAUUCCUUUCCCGCACAGAAAGGGGAAUUUGUACAAGAUAGAAUACAUGGUGUUCUGGAAUCGAAACGACGAGGAAGAAAGCAAGAAGCAUAUCGAGUGGAUGAGAAGGAUAUACAGUGAAAUGGAGCCAUUCGUUUCCAAAUCGCCAAGGGCUUCUUACCUCAAUUACAGGGAUAUUGAUCUGGGAAUGAACUCCCAAGACUAUGACUACUAUAUAUCAUCGAGUUCAUGGGGAGAAAAGUACUUCAAGGAUAAUUUCCACAGGUUGGCACUUGUGAAGGCCAAAGUUGACCCUCAUAAUUUCUUCAGAUUUGAGCAAAGUAUUCCGCCGCUUCAUCAAGAAUUAUAGGUUAUUAUUAUUGUUAUUUUUCAGGGUAAAAAAAAAAAGAUAAAAAGGAUUAUAGGGAUAAAACUGAUUGCAUCUUUUGUCACAGGAAACAUUUUCCAUUUUUUUAUUGCGUAACCUAAAAUAAUAGUUUUAUUUUAAGAAAGCUUUGUGUAAUAAAUCGGCAACAAUUUCUGCUAAGCAGUAUAGCCGUACUGGAAGAAGUUUUAUUUUGGGAAUUGAAAUUUUUUUUGGAUAAUGCCCAGGCC